AUGGAUACCCUACUAACCGCCGAUGUCGUUGCGAGCGCACCUCGUUUUCGGCGGAAGUCGUCAACUUUCGUUGAUGCUAUCCAUGAUAUGCCAGAGAAGCCAGCACUUGCACCGGCGCAACUAUACAGCACGGAGUCCGGCCGUCUCUUUCAUUCUGGGCGGAUUGUGAUCAUUACGGUUGGACUGCCAGCUCGGGGCAAAACGCUAGGAGUUAAAACUCGCAUAUUUCAUCUUGGAGACUACAGACGGGCGACGGUUGGCCCGGGUGGCGAACUACCUGAGGACUAUUUCUUUGCAAAUGCAUCUGCUUCGUCUGUACUCCUCCGACAGAAGAUCGUCAAGAGAUGCCGUGAAGAUAUAUACAGGUUUUUGAACCACGAGAACGGCCAGAUUGCUAUAUACGACGCCGUUAAUCCGCUUGCUGCAGGUAGAAUAUCUCUCUCAAGAGAGUUCGCAAAGCAAGAUAUAGAGUAUGUGGGAUGGAACUCUCAGGAUGCUGUAAAGGAUUAUCUAGCUCGAAUUUCUGCGAGGAUCCCCCUCUUUGAAACAAUGCAAGAAAUAGAAUUAAACUACAUUAAGAUGUUCAAUGCUGGUGAGAGGAUGAUGAUAAACAACCGUGGAUUCGGUUACCUCCACCAUCGGAUCGUUUUCUACCUUUUGAACCUACAUAUCAAAAAUCGCCGCACGUACUUUGUCAGGGCGGGGACUUCUAUGGAGGCAGACUCUUACAAAGCAGAUUCACCACUCUCGUCGAUAGGGGAAGACUAUGCCCGCAAGAUGACCGACACCCUCCUUCGACAUCGUGAGGAGGAGAGAAAAGUGUUGUUAGAGCAAGGCGAACCCGACCCGCAACUCCGACCCCUCAUCAUUUGGUCCUCGACUCGGCGCAGAACCGUACAGACGGCCCAAUUCCUUCGUCUGCAGGGUUAUAAAGUCCGCCAUCGGUCGCAAAUGAGCCAGUUAAACCCUGGAGUAUGCGAGAAGAUGUCUGAGGCACGGAUCCGACGGGAAUAUCCAGACGAAGUUGAGAUGCAUGACUUGGACCCGUAUCAUCAUAGAUAUCCUAGAGCCGAGUCAUAUCACGAUUUGGCAGUGAGGCUUGAGCCUGUAAUUCUUGAACUGGAACGUGAGCAGAACGAUCUCCUUAUUAUUGCACACGAGAGUGUUUUAAGGGUGCUUUACGGUUAUUUGAUGGCGUGCAACUCCACCGAUAUCCCGUUCCUGUCUUUCCCACGAGACCAGAUUAUAGAGAUAAUUCCCGCCAGUUAUAAUAACCAGGCGAAGCGUAUACAUAUUCCCGACCUUCCGCCAGAGAUCAUUCCAGGAUCACCAGAGGACAUUAAAAUCCCCGUCCCACCGAGCGGUGUCGUCUCACCGAUGCCUGGUGGCAAUCUGGAUGGCUCUUUCGAAAGAGGAGCAACUCCGCAAGCCGGCUUUAGGACGCUCAAGGACCCAGAAAAGAUUUCCCAGCAUCAUGCUGAAGAUGUUGUCUGA